AUGGCCGUUUCUCAGACACUACGCCUGUUAUUGAUUAUAACAGUGAUCACAACCAGUGCUUCACGUGAUUACUGUGGAUAUGAACCGGAAAUCUAUACGCGUAUAAAAGUUGCUUUCAUUAUCGGGGAUACACUGUAUUUGGGGAAUAGGACUCAUUUCUUACAGACCAAGUUCGCCGCCACUGACCAGAACCUGUACUUGGAUACCGUCGAUGACAUCUCAACUGUGUUUCCCGGAUUGUUGAUGACAAGCGUUGAGAGUGUGCUGUACUUCGGGACAGAGGAUGAGUGCCGGCAAACGCACACCGAUUGCAAGAUAAUGACCAAAGCUUUUGACAAAUCAAUGAUUUUCGGAUACGCGAAGAAUCAAUUGGGUGAGCAGUAUCUUGAAUACAGGACUUAUGUGACCAAAAACGGUGCCAUCACUCCCGUCACGUCUGGUGAAGAUAUGCCGUGGGGUUUGGCACCCGAUUCCAUGGCCUUUCCCAGCGCUUUCUGGCCCCGAGACCGCCCCUAUAGAUACGAACGGUUCGCCUUCGACGCCAACUCCCGUCGACUGUACGUCACGACUACCCGUACGGAAGUGUUUGGCGUCACGGAGAGUGAACUACACUACCGGGUCAUCGAUGAGCGCAUGGAUACCAACUAUACGACAGUUACUGUCAGUCGGGACUACAACUCCAUACUCGCCAAAGACCAUAAUCUGUUUGGUCUUCACAACGGCUCGUGGUUUUUGUUGCAAAUAACUGCCGAUAAAGCCAUCGAAAGCAAAAUUUAUACAAUGAAAGAGUUUGUCAAUUGCGGCAAAGAUUCACCACUUUUGGCCAAAACAAGUAUUUUGGAUGCGCUCAUCGCCAACGGAUCCAGUGUGACAGAUGAGCCAACACUGGCCACACAUGUAAUGCUUGAUGAGACCACUUCGCUAUCACCUCAAACCUCUGAUAGUAACAGCGGGUCGUCCUUUUGGAUAAUUUUAAUUCUCGGUAUAAUUAUCAUUGCGUUGAUUGCGGCCAUUAUCUGGUCAGUGAUGAUGUGGAUUAAAUCACAAGUGGGUCCCAACGAAGAGUCGACGAGCGGUCGCAACGAUCNGAUUGCGGCCAUUAUCUGGUCAGUGAUGAUGUGGAUUAAAUCACAAGUGGGUCCCAACGAAGAGUCGACGAGCGGUCGCAACGAUCCCGACUCCAAGAUUGUCUCCGAGACCGCCGACAGACCCCACGCGAAGACUGAAGGAUCCAAAGGCAAGCAAAUGCCCAAAACCAUAGCGCCGGCCGGCGGACCCACGAGUCCUAACGCCCAGACACAGCCCACGGGUGACGAGGGGUCCGUUAAAUCGGUGUCCAGCAAAGCGGGCGCCGAGUCGGCGGGUGUGCCCAAUCGCCUCAACGAAUUGGAUUUGAAUGACAUCACUGUUGAGAUUAAAAAUCUGAAGUUUACAUACGAGAGCAAUAAAGCCGGAUAUCUGUUGAAUGACAUCUCCCUAACCUUCCCGAGGGGUGCGAUUUAUGGAUUCUUAGGGCCGAGCGGUUGCGGUAAGACAACAAUCAUUAAGCUAAUAGUGGGACGACUGAAGCCAACGGAGGGCACGAUUAGAGUGAACGGCAAGAAAGUGAACGAUCCCAGCAAUAAGAUACCCGGCGUCGGCAUCGGGUAUAUGCCUCAAGAUUACGCCCUUUACGGCGAGUUCACAAUACUGGAGACAAUGCACUACUACUCCAGUAUCUAUGGAUUGCCCGCCAAUUUCAAGAAGAAACGGAUCGACUUUCUCAUCAAAUUCCUCGAACUUCCCGAUCCAAACCGUUUGGUUAAAGUCCUCAGUGGUGGUCAGAAGCGCCGGACAUCGUUGGCCAUCGCUAUCAUACAUAACCCGCCGCUACUCAUACUCGACGAGCCGACGGUAGGCGUGGAUCCGAUGCUAAGGGAAAGAGUGUGGAAACAUUUGGUGAAACUGUCGACAGAGGAGAAGACAUCGAUACUGAUCACCACUCACUACAUCGAGGAGUGCCGAAGAGCUCACGUGAUAGCGUUGAUGAGGUCCGGGAAGCUGUUGGUGGAGAACUCGCCGGCGACUCUUCUGCGGCACUUCAAGACCACGAGUCUGGAGGACGUGUUUCUACAGGUAUGCAAAUUCGAGGAACAGCCCAACAGUCCCGCAGAUAUGCCGAUGACUGUCGGCGACGAGCGUAAGGCUCGCCAAAAGGGCGCCGCACAGCCGACAACACCCGCGGCCAACAAACCGCCGCCAACUGUCAGCUCUAACUCCACUGUCUGGACCCGAUUCAUGGCUAUUACCCAUAAGAAUGUGAUGAGACUUUGGCGACAAAAAUUAAUGCUAUUGGCUGUGAUUAUACUGCCGGCGCUAACCCUAUCCCUGUUCUGUCUGUGUAUUGGCAAAAAUCCCCACCACUUAAACAUCGCUGUCUAUAACGCGGACACAACGGCCGGCAAUCUUGGCGACCAGUUUUUGGACAAAAUUGACACAAAAACACUUGUUUUGGAAAGGCACUCGUCGUCGGACUCGGCUAAGGAGACGGUGAGCGAUGGCCACACAUACGGAGCGCUGAUCAUACCGGCCAACUUCAGCGCCUCUCUCAAGACCAGAAUCGGCGCCCAGGGAUUUAUAGUUGACGACCAGACCCUCAACGACAGCACCAUUGAAUUUUACGGCGACUUAACAGAUUUGGUGAUCUAUCAGACAAUGUUUGGUACACUACACGAGGCGGAGGUGGCGUUUCAGCUGAUGAUAAUUGCCAACACCGGUGGUAACUCGUCGGUCAAACCCAACCCGAAGGCGAUGUUGCCAUUGGUUGAGUUCAAGGCGGUGUACGGGUCGACGCACCCGCUGUUCCGCGACUUCGGGACACCGAGUUUUAUCAUAAUCGUCUCAUACGUACUGUCGAUGGCCUUAACCGCACUCAAUAUGGUUACCGAACGAAAGGAGGGACUACUCGACCGGACACUAGUGGCCGGCGUCACGAUUCCCGAGAUACUGGUGGCCGAGAUUGUCAUCCAAUACGGGGUCCUAUUGUUUCAGUUGAUUGUACUCUUGUUAGUCGUUCUCCUCGUGUUUGACGUGAAAAACGAGGGAAAUCUGUUGCUUAUCCUACUGUUGGCCACAUUACAGGGCGCCACUGGCAUGGCUUACGGUCUGUUCGUAUCGGCCAUCAGUAGCACCGAAGAGGCGGCCCUAAUGCUAUGCGUGGCCUCAUUCGUGCCAUAUCUGGUCAUAUCGGGUGUGUUGUGGCCGUUGGAAGGCAUGCACUUUAUGCUGCAAACCAUAUCCCGGUUCACUCCCCAGACGUUACCCAUAAUCAGCUUAAGGAAUAUUAUGCUCAAAGGCUGGGGUCUCACCUAUACUAUGGUUUGGUCCGGAUUUAUGGUCACAAUCGGAUGGCUUAUCAUAUUUAUAAUACUGGCCACCAUUUUCAGCACAUUUAAUGGUUAA